AUGUCAAUUAAAACAGAUACAAUUUAUGAAAUACAAUCAACAGAAGAUUAUCAGAAGUUUGUUUUUUCAUGUAAAGAUCAAGUUAUUGCAUUAAAUUUUUAUGCAAACUGGGCUCAGCCAUGUCAAUAUAUGAAUAAUGUAUUUCAGGAGCUAUCAUUGAAAUUUUCUGAUAUAAAAUUUGCAAAUAUCAAUGCAGAAGAACUUGAAGAAAUUUCAGAGUCGUUUGAGAUAUCGGUAGUGCCAUUUUUUAUUAUAUUACAGCAAGGAAAGGUGCUUACAAAAGUGUCUGGUGCAAAUCCACCAGAACUGACAAAAACAAUUGCACAAUUUUCAAAAAAGACAGCUGCACCUUUAAUGGAAUCAUCUACACCUUUAAAUGAAAAACCUAAAAGCAAUGCCACAAAUGUUUUAAUUGAUAAAGAGAAUGAAUAUGAAGACUUGACAAGUCGGCUAGAAAAGCUUGUUAAAGCUGAACCUGUCAUGCUUUUUAUGAAAGGAACGCCAGAUAAUCCUCAGUGCGGAUUUAGUAGACAGAUAGUUGACAUUCUUAAUGAUCUUAGUGUUAAAUAUGGAUUCUUCAAUAUUCUUUCAGAUCAGGAAGUUAGAGAAGGAUUAAAAGAAUUCUCCAACUGGCCUACAUAUCCGCAAUUAUAUAUCCAAGGGAACCUCUGUGGCGGACUUGACAUCGUUCGUGAAAUGAUUAAAACUGGAGAAAUCCAAAAAUUGCUUCAAGAAUCGGGUAUACCAUUUACUUAA